GGCUUUCCGGUGGAAACAUCGCACAGGAGUUUGGUGUCUGUGUCGUCAACAGCUAUAUCUUCUAGUUUAAGAUUGGGUAAAGCGGUUCUGGGUCGAGCGGCGCUUUUGCCAACUGCCUGUAUAGUCCAGGUGCAGCAUGUUUAUGUUUCCCACAAGCGUGCGGGAAGGAGCAUCAGCGAAUCGAUUGUUCUUACUGCUGACGUGUUGGACGUCAGUGGUGUAUUCUGAUAUGGCCGCUAGUUGACGCUGAUGCCGACCAGAUCAGGGAUCUGUGUAAUCUAGAUAAUUAAAAAAAAACUUAGAUAAUUCAAGCGUUAACGGUUUGCGAUCCGUGUAGACAGUGAAGCUGCGACCUUCUAUAAAAUAUCGAAAAAUACGGAUUGCAAGGUGCAGGGCUAACAGUUCCCAGUCAAAAGCGCUGUACAUUACCUCAGCGGCCAGUAACUGUUUGUUGAAAAACGCCAAUGGGCGCUAGAAGCCAUCUAUAAACUGUUUAAACACACCACCAAUUGCAGUUUCUAAAGCGUCGAUCGUUAAAGCUGUACGACCCUGCAGCUUAGGGUGCGUUAAGGGGGUUGGAUUGGCUAUAACGCCUGUUUAGCUGCUUCAAAAGCCGUCUGUUAGGUUAUCUGUCCAGGUUAACGUUUUUCGUUUGCUAGCUGUAGUAAAUUCCUUCUCUGAGUUCCUUCUCUCUUAUUAUUGAUCACGCGCCGCUUCUAAUUUCCGUAAUUCGCAUUUCUAGAGUACCUUAAUUGUUUACGUGAUGUUUUAUUGUUUAUCGUGAAGUAUUACAAAACGUUGAAUCACAGGUCUUAUGCAUAAGAUUCCGGAAGGUAUAAUGCGUUCAAAAUUCCGGUUUAUGUUAACAAAUGUGCACGAUUUUCGGAUCUACGUAAUGUUUUAUCCGGGCCUUUGGUUUUUGUGUAAACAUCUUUUCAUCAUACUUUAUUUCGCGUAUAGGUACGUUGCUGUUGAAGUAUUAAACUUAAAUUUAAAAGGUAUUAUAGUAUUUGUGCUGGUAAGAAUGAGAAAAGACAUCACGUUGGUGAUUUGCUUUGGAAUUUGCGUCAUGUUUAUAGUUCAAGCAAGUGCUGGGCCAGUAUCUUCAACAAGUGACGGUAAUCUUGGUCAUAAACGCGUACAAGCAGAAAGCCAAGGCACGUGGUCGAAAUGGACGGCUUGGAGUGACUGCAGUGCCUCUUGUGGAAACGGAACACGUAUUCGACAAAGGUUUUGCAUUAGCAAUCGAGAGCAGACGUGUCAUGGAUUAUCAAGACAACAAAUGCAAUGUUAUGACUUUGUGUGUCCAUCUUACCUCUCUUGGCCAAGGAUACAUUUUUUCGGAACGCUUAACGCCAACUGUCCAACAGUUAAUAACUUUCUUCCUUUGUACAACAACGACCGAUUUUGUCCAACAUGCAACACGUUCCGACAAAAAACAGUUGGUAAAGUGCGGACUGGGGGACACUCGGAAGAAAAACUUACAUAUCAAAGCACACAGAUGAAUCCAAUGGGAAAUGGUCAUUUUUAUUUUAGCAACACUGUAAUUACGUCAGCAUGUUGGAAGCCAGGCGAAGAAUGCGACGAGAAAGACUUUCUAGCUAAACGCAGGAUGACAUAUGUAGCACCCGGCAGAAUGGUAGAUUUGGAUCCUGACUGGCAACAUACAGGCCUGGCAAUAGGUUACGAAAUCAAAAUACCAGGAAUGAUGAUCGCCAGAAUGAAAACUGGUCCGACAAGUCAAAUUAGCAAACGGUUCACCAAAAAAAGGGGUCUUGACCAUGGUGCUCUUGGUGCUAUAAAGAGUAAACUCGUUGAUAUUCGCUGGUUAGAUUCCUUUUAUCAGAAGAAGUUCAGGAAUGCUUCAUCUCUUUCUAUUUCCUUCGUCAUGGACAUGUACCGCUUUAGUACUAAGAGUGGAAGAAUUACUGGAACAAUCGGCAUGACGUCGGACGACGAUCCCACGAAUCUUUAUGGAGGAAGAGUCAUGCGUCCGUUGAAUUUAAAACGUUCUCCUACAAGGGAGUAUGCAUUCGCUCUCGAUAUUAAAACGAAGACCAUUCUUAUUGAUUGCGGCACUUCAAUACGUUCUGACACAAAAGGAAACUUUGCUAUUAACGACUUAAAGCAUGUUGAUGUGGUGGCGUACGAUCCCGAGCAUAAACUCUGUCGACACCGUAGUUUUAAUUGCAGACAGAGAGCUGUACAUUGUGGUGGUAAAGAUCUGUUCAUGGUCUCUUCAGGCGGGGAACUGGACUUUGUUCAGCAAAGACAGAAAUGGUAUUCAUUUUUACAGGACUGGUCAAUGAUUUGAUUCGAACAAUACCACAUACUGGUUUUGUAAGAAACUGGUUCAUUUAUGUUAGAAUUCUUUGUAUUUCCCGAACAUCAAUAUCGCUGUAAACAUAUCUUAUUACAACAUAAAGUAUAUCAGCGUAUUCCCA